AUCAGAGACAUGAGAAAUACUUCAUAUGAAACGAGAUGAGUCGUGAUACCAGCAGGGAAAAGUCCGUUCUGCUUCAGCGAGGUGAAAUGUAUCUGAUCACACAGCUUGAAUAGAAAAAGAAGCUGUACAAACACUGCUGUCCCUUUCUUUAUCUCCUCCUAUAUAACCUUAUUUCUUCCUGCAGGAAGAUGUUUGUAAACACAGCAUGAACAGGGCUAAACUUUAUAUGAAAACUACUGUAACAAACUGCUUAUAAGUCAAGCUUCAGUUACAUAUGCUGUGGUAAAAAAAUAGAGGGCGGGCUUUUGAGCAGCUCGUCAGUAUGACACAUCAAUCAUGAAACCAACCUACAGACUCAGAGAGGUGGAGAUGGGUUGACGUUUGUGGUUGGUGUGCAAAACCUUGUGAAGUAUCGCACUCAAACUUCCUCAUUUCAUGUCAGGCAAGAGCAACACAACAUCACAUUAAAGAGUUUGCAGUCGUCAUACAGCAGGAGUCCAGGAUGCUGCAUCCAAACCAUGAGUCCAACCAUGGAGAGUCCUUCAAGACCUUCAGGGGUUUGCUUUUCCUCGUUCUUCUGAUGCAGCCUUUUGGAGGUGCUGUCUCCACGCCCAUCAUAGGGGUUACCUUAAAUAACAAUGGAGGUGUAGUGUUACAGUGUGAGUCUGCAGGCUGGUAUCCAGAGCCUGAGGUGCUCUGGCUGGACGGUGAGGGAAAGCUCAUCUCUGCUGGACCUACAGAGACCAUCAGAGGUCCUGAUGGCCUCUAUACUGUCAGCAGCAGAGUGACUGUGGUGAAGAGACACGGCAACAGCUUCACCUGUAGAGUCCAACAGCAGAACAUCAACCAGGCCAGAGAGACACACAUCCAUGUUCCAGCUGCUGUCUUCAUGGUUCAGUCCUCUCUUGAUUGGAUUUGGAUCAGCGGCAUUCCUCUUGCUGCCAUGGUGUUCAUAUUAUUAUUAUUCUGUUGUCCCACAGUUACUGAAAGAAUCAAGAGGAAACAGGAAGCUACAACUGAGUAUUUCAAAAAUCUGGUCCGGAAAGACGAAAACAAGAUUAAGGCUGACAGUCCAGAGUCAUCCACACUGACUGGACAAAUGGAGCAACUGGGGAAGGAGGAGAGACUGCAGACCAACAUGAAAAGAGAAAGGCAGAACAAACAAAUAAGCUACGAAAGACAGAAACGGAAAAUGAAGAAAAUGUAAAGUGUGAAAAUGGAGAAGACAGAGGAAGUGGAGAGGACACUUCAGCCUGUGAGGAAGAUGGUGUUGUAGGAAUUUCUGAAAUAAAGUGAAUUCAACAACAA